GUCCGGGCGCCGCCCCCACGCGCGCCGUGGCCCCGGAGGACGUGCGACACGUGCUGAGCCGCCGCGGCUUCUGCCGCUGAACGAGCGGGACUCGCGGGACCAGAAGGGCCGGUCUCUUCUCUCUCCGUCUCCGUCUCUCUCCUCCUUGAAUUUAUGGGGGAGACACCGGUUGAACCCUCUCGGGUUUUAAAUAAAAUAAAAGAGGAAUAAACGUUUGCUGUGACCCCACCCGCGGAUGUGGAGAGGGAGAGUGGAGGGGGGAGGAGAGAGGCGGCGCCGCAGCGGAUCAGGCCGGGUCGCCGCCGCCCGGAUUUUUGAUUUGUCAUCGGGGAGUCGCAUAGGAUGGGAGUCGCUGCCGACCCGCCCACGUCCGGGGUACAUAAGCCACAGGCCGGGCCCGGCCCCCCACUCGGCCCGCGCCAUGGGGCUCGCGCUGUGGCUGCUCCUGCUGCUCCCGCUGCUGCGGGUCCCGCUGACCCUCAGCACCUCCAGCAACCUGUUGUUGGAGCCGUGCGCGGCGAGCCUGAGCCCGGGCAGCAGGUGCGGGCCCGGCGAGUACGAGUACGAGUACUGGUCUGGGAGGCGCUGCUGCCAAUGCUGCCCCGCAGGCCACUAUGUCCGCAAGCCGUGCAGCAGCCCCCACACCCAGAGCGAGUGCGAGGCGUGUGACACAGGGAUGUACAUGAAACACGCCAACGGCCUGCGGUCCUGCCUGCUGUGCACCACCUGCCGCAAGGACCAGGAGAUGGUGAGUGACUGCACCCCGACACAGGACCGGAAGUGCCAGUGCAAGACCGGGGAGUUCUACUGCGACUCUGAGUCCUGCCCGGAGAGCUGCUACCGCUGCACCAGGUGUCCCGGUGCCACCCUCCGGACCUGCACCGCCACGAGGGACACCGAGUGCGCCCCAGCAGCCCAGCCAGAGCCAGGACCCCCAGCCGGUUCCCUGGCUGACAGCGCCUUGGCUGUGCCUGUGGUUGCCAUUGUCAUCGGCAUCCCCAUCGCCAUCGCCAUCACCAUCGCCAUCGGCUUUGCCAUCGCCUGGUGGAGAAGACAAGGGGUGCUGCUUCCCCAGUGGCUGUGCUGGUUCAGGACAGCGACGUCGGGGGAGCCAGGCAGCCAUGCGAUACUGCGACCCACGGACCCUGUGAGGGGCCCCCCGGUCCCUGGCACGGAGAUAACACCGCUGUUGCCGGAGAAGGCUGACACCCCGAUGCCUGGUGCCCUGACCCGCCCGCGACCCUUAGCCGACCCCGACUCUGACCCCGACCCCAACCCUGAUACCGACCCCGACCCUGAUACCGACCUCGACCCUGACCCCGACCCCGACCCUAACACCGACCCUGAUACCGACCUCGACCCUGACCCUGACCCCGACCCCGGGGCAGGAGCGGAGCUGCAGGUGGAGGUGACGGGAGGCGGCCGGGUAGCCCCAGAGCCCGCGCCCCCGACUCCUGCUGCCGCUGCCCCGGGGGCCCAGGCCCAGGCUGAGGCGGACGCCGGCCUCCGUCAUCGAGCAGGUGAGGGCCGGGGCCGGGGUGGGGGCCAAUGGGGGGCAGUGAGGCUCGCUUGCUGAGCACCUGCUGAGUGCGCUCCGUUAGGGCUCUUGUCAGUGCUUGUCUGCGCCUCCCGGGCCGCCCCCCCCAGGCCACGGACCAGUCGCUGGAACCACAGACUGUCUCCCGGCCCUGGAGGCCAUGGCUGAGGUCACGGCGUCCGUCCGUGGGCCGGUCCCCCCGGGGCUGUGAGGGGCCUUGGCCUCCUGCUGCCCGUGGUGUCGGGCGAUCUGUGGGCUUCCUGGGCGUGUGGAAGUCCCCGCUCCGCCCUGCAGUUCACGCUGCGUCCGCCCUGCCAGCGUGUCUGUCCAUCAGCGGGACCUGUCCUGCUGGACCGGGGCCUCGCAUUCACUCCUCCACCUGCGGCCUCCUCUCCACAUCCGGCCGCGUCCACCGCUCGGGGUCCAGACCCAAUGUCUUUGGGGACAGGACUCAACCCAUUGCAGUCCCCCCCCCAACCUGUUGUCCACGGGGACAGUGACCCCGAGGGGCACAGACUCAGCGAGUGUGCCCGCCGGUUGCCGCCCCUGGGAGCCACGGCAGGCGGGGCCCCGUUGCCAGGGCUGACACCUCCGCUGCCCCCACCACCGCGCCCCCACGAGGCCGCCAGGCUGUCCUGGGACCACGCCCUCUUCCCUCCUCAGGAUCAUAAAUGAGGAUUUUGUGACGGACACGCCCUGCCCUGACGGUGAGUCCUCCGGCUUCUUGCUCCGCGGUGACGUCCGGGCUGAAGGCGGGACGUUCUGUGGCCUCAGCACUCGCUCACCUUCUCCGAUGACCUUGGGGAAAUGGGCUUCUUCAAGGAUAAGUUUUGGUCCUAAAGGAAGGUCGCGGUGCUUGGUGUGAGCGGCUCGCGCCUUUCUGAGGAAACACGCGUGGCUGGGAGGGAUGCUCUGUCACCUCGGCCGGCAGGGCCCUCCUGGCUGUGGGCUGCUAUGACUGGUCUAAGAGUAAGGACUUCUUCUUAAACAUAUAUUUGUAUUGGUUUCAGAGAGGAAGGGAGAGGGAGAGAGAAGCAUCAAUGAUGAGAGAGAAUCAUGGAUCGGCUCCCUCCUGCAUGCCCUACACUGGGGAUCGAGCCUGAAACCCAGCCACGUGCCUCUACGGGGAAUAGGACCCUCACCUCCCGGUUCCUAGAUCGACGCUGAACCACUGAGCCACACCUUCCAGGCCGCCAGGUGCUUUCUGGAACCCCAUCCUCUCAGGCAGCUCUGGGAGGUCUCCCCACUUCACAGGUCAAAGUUCAGGCAGCCCGAGCCCACAAGGCUGCAGAACUCGCCCAGGCCUUCAUCCCAUCCAGGCUCCCCUGGCUGCAGCCUCGUCCGUCCUACGGCCCCACCGCCUCUGGGAGCCGGAGAGCGAGCACAGAGCCAACCUCCGCACACCCAUCCCCCCGCCCCCAGGGCUGCCGACUCCCCGGAUCCUGGGUCCCUUCUCCAGGGCCGUGGGCUCCAGGACGAAUGAGCUGCAGGCAGUUCAGGAGCCACGCCGGGUCCUGGCCACACGUCUUCGUUCUGGUUUCCUCUUUUCCACCACCAAGAGGCUGAUUGUGAACGCGGACAUGAGGUCCCGGACGGGACGGGAAGAACCUAUGACGUCAGUGGGGCUGGAAGGAAGUGGCUUCGAGAUGUGAGACCACGGAAGCCCGGAUCCCGUGGCCCCGCGUGGUGGUGCGAUGCUGCUCGGCCGGAAGGACCCGCUGGGAGGGAGCAGCCGUUCGCGCUCCUGGCGGCCUCCACACCACGGACGCUCCCAGACCUAUUGGCCAGAGGAAACCUCUCAGGUCGGCCCUGGCCAGUGCCGCUCAGUGGACAGAGCAUCACCUGCGGACUGAGGGGUCCCAGGUUAGAUUCCGGCCGAGGGCACAGGCCCGGGGUGCGGGCACAUCCCCAGUGGGGGCGGUGCAGGAGCCGCUGAUCAG